AUGACUAGUGUACAUGAACAAUCACAAUAUUCAUCAAAUAUAAAUAAUUCAGCAUCAGUCGAUGCUAAAAAUGAUCGUGAGCAAGCACCUGGUGAUACAAUUAUAACAAAACCAAGUGAUAAUACAGUGGGACAAAAUGAUGGGAAUAAAACCUGUGGACGUUUAGGUUGUGAUCAUUCGAAAUGUACAACGUCUGUUGGUGGUCAACAUGAACUUAAAUAA